UAAAAGCCGCGCCGACGUCUCCCCACAGGUCAGUUCGAAGUUGGUCCGAGUGGUGUGUGUGUUGUCGCAAACCAGCGGACUCCGGAGCGAUCAUGGGUACUCAGUGGGUGACAGUUGUGUUGGCAGUAGUGGCGUGUAUCCUUUACACUGCCGAGGCCAGGCCCAGUCAAACGGCCCAAAGAGCGACAUCCCGCUCAACGGCCAGGACAGCCGUGAGGUUAGACAGACUCUCCCCAACCGCUCAAGGCGACCUCAACAAAGUAUGGGACACAGAGUUAGCUAAGCAACGCAGCAAGACGCUAAGCCCGGAGGACACCGUCAACUUCUUCGAGCGACCUGGAGGUGGUCGGUACGUCUACGGCUACGACGUGGGAGCCGACGGCCGCUCCCACCUCCAGGCCUCCGAUGGGAAGGGCCAGACAAUAGGAAAGUACGCCUAUACGGAUGCCAAUGGCAAGAGCGUCGAGGUGCACUAUGUCUCAGGUGCGGACGGCUUCAAGGUCAUCAGCAACAACCUGCCGGAGGACACAGAGGACGUCAAGAGGGCGAAAGCCGAGUUCUUCAAGUUGUUCGAGGAAAGGAAGUCGCAGCAGUCGAGCACAAAGGUCGAUUCCAAUAUUGCUGACAUGAUUGGAAAGUCUGCCGUGCAUCUGGGAGUCUCCUCUGCGUCAGUGGCUGCGAGGGCCUCUCCUCUCAUCACCAGAGGAGGAGCCGCCGUGCAAGAGGCAGUGGAGGAGGAGGAGGAAGAGGAAGAGGGUGGUGAUGGAGAAGAAGGUGAAGAGGAGGAAGGAGAAGAGGAAGAGGAAGAAGAGGAGGAGGAGGAAGAAGACGAAGAAGAGGAGGAGGAAGAUGAUGAAGAAGAAGAAGAGGAUGAAGAAGAAUCAGAAGAAGAAGAUGAAGAAGAAGAAGACUCAGACGAGGAAGAAGACAGCUCAUCUUCUUCAGAAGAGGACAGCAGCAGCAGUGAAGAAGAUGACGAAGAAGAAGAAAGCAAUGAAGAAGACGAAGAAGAUGGUGACGAAGAAGAAGAGGACGAUGAAGGAGGCGAAGAGGAUGAUGAGGAAGAGGAUGACGAGGAGGAAUCGAACGAAGAUGAGGAAGACAGCAGCUCCUCCUCCUCCUCUUCGUCUGAGGAGGACGACGAGGAGUCUCUGUUGUCGAGAUUCCAGGACGACUUCGGCAAGAGACUUUACUCGACCACCAUCAACUUCCCGGGUCCCGACAAGACCCUCAGUUAACGGACAACCGACUUAAAACCAAAACAUUACCUUAUUUCCAAUUUGCCAACGCAAUGCUCAUUAGAUUUAUAGACAUCCUAGCUUAGUCUCUAGAUUUGUAGAUGAGAAAAAAACCCCCUGUUCUAAAAAAAAAUCAGAGUCUUAUUUGAACAGGAACCUUUUCACUGUCUAUAUUAGCCAAGCAGUUUUUUUAUUUGUUUUUUUUUUUUUUGCCUUCCUUAUGUUCCUAGUGAUGUGUUUUGUAUGUGGUCGUCAUUAAAUCAAGUUCUCCCUAACUCUUCCGAGUUGCUAGAUUAUAUAUUUAUAGGGACAACAGAUAUUUCUUUUUAAAUCUAUGCGGAGAUAUAAAGCAGCUAUAGAGUAGAAAGACUUUUCUGACGGACCGAGGCAACUCGCGAAUAGUUUGGGACGACUUUUCGAGACUAUUUUGCAGUUGGUGGAACAAUAGUAAACGGUCUAGUAAAAGUGCAGAAGCUUUUUUUUUUAAGAGUUAAUAUAUAUAUAGACGUAUUAUCUUUCAGCUAAUGAGUACGGAUAUAACUGAAUGAUAGGGCUUGCACACGAAAUCUCACAAUUCACUGACCAACCGUCCUCCUCAUCCCAUUUACUCUUGCACCGCCAAAGAAACGCAAUAUAUCAAUGUCCUCUGCUUUCUUCGAAAUGUUUCUCGUCGCCCUUCAUCGUCCCAAGCGGAGACCCUCCUCAACAAAAUUCAUCUACCUCCUCUACUUCUCCUCCUCAAGCAUCAGAGGAAUUCAACAAAAUGCCCUCGACUUCCUCCACUUCCACUCGAGCCUCAAAGGACUUCAAGUUCCGAAGAAGGACGCCAAACCUAACCUGAAACUCCUCUAGUUGCCUCUUCCAGGAACCCCUACUGAUGGCUAGCGUCUGUCUAACAGCCAAACAGUCUGUUAUUCUCGAUCAUUUCAACAAAAAUCACGGCUAGAAAUGGGCAACGAGCCUCGAGCGAAAUUCUCAACUCUGUCUUGCGUUCUCUCUCGCUACUAGGCCUAGUACAUGGGCCAGCCUGACCUCUCUCUUUUGCAUUUUGUUAGUCUCUCUAGGCCUAUCAGUUUCACGUCUUAGUGAGUAAGAGCAAUGGUUUCAAAACCUCAAGUAGCAAUGUUGUUUGUGUUUUCGUUUGUGGUUGUCUUCUUAGGAAUUAGUCGUGCCACUACAAAAAUAAAUGAUAAAACUAGAAUAUUUCCAAGGCACAUGCAACUUAAAUGCUUGUUGGUGCAUUCAUGUGCCUCGAACACGUACAAAUUCCAUUAUCCUUAAGACUAGAAUGGUUUGAAUUGAUUAACUUAAGGUAGAACUACACAGACAUAACAUCAUUAUGAAAACUAUGGCAAAACCACCCAGAAAUAGCUAAUUAGAAACUGACAUCGAACUCACACUGAAUCGCACCAGCCAAGUUGAAUCAUUUUCGAAGUUGCUCAAUCGUAUCUAUAAAAUGUAAAAUAAAAUGAAAGCUUUGCAUAAUUUAUUAAAGAGUCAAAUAUGAGAAAAGAAUGCUAAUUGAUGUCACUAAUCCCAACUUGGCUGGACACAGGCACCGGUUAAUUACUAGUGAAAAAAAGAAGAAAUUAUUCGUGUUUUCGUUGCCAACAAAACUGCUUUUCUCACAGCUCUGAAGUACCCAAUUUCUCUUUAUAUUUUUGUUUAUGUAUAGGAGAUUUAUAUGAUUAAUGUAUAAUAAAUUAAUAUUCAAAAAUUAA